UCUGGGUUGCUUUGAGCCUGAUCUACGGUGCUGGCAGAAGUCUCUCAGUUGGUGUGGGCGAUGCUAUGGCGGGGGAUCGUGGUGGACUGUUCUUCCUGGGCACUGUCAUCUUGGGUGAGGAAGCUAAGGUAGAGUGAGUCAAGGCCUGCCUGGAAAGGAAUCUCCUUGGGCUGUUUUCAUUUUCCAAGUGGAUUUUGUUGAUUGGAAUACAGAUUGAAAACUUGAAAGGAUCAUGCUUUGCCUCCUGAAACUGAUUGUGAUUCCAGCGAUCUUGGCCCCUGUAGGUUAUCCGCAGGGCCUGCCAGACUUGACUGUUUCCUCCCCUCAGCUGAGAGUGCAUGUGGGUGAGUCAGUCUUGAUGGGAUGUGUUGUCCAGCGCACAGAAGAGAAACACGUGGACAGAGUGGAUUGGCUAUUCUCGAAAGAUAAAGAUGAUGAGAAUGAAUACGUGCUGUUCUACUAUUCCAACCUUAGCGUGCCUACAGGGCGCUUCCAGAACCGGUCCCAUUUGGUGGGGGACAUCUUCCGCAAUGACGGCUCUCUCCUGCUCCAAGAUGUUCAGAGGGCCGAUGAGGGAAUCUACACCUGCGAAAUCCGCCUCAAAAAUGAGAGCAUGGUGAUUAAAAAGCCCGUGGAACUGUGGGUGCUACCAGAGGAGCCUAAAGAGCUCAGAGUCCAAGUAGGUGAUACAACUCAGAUGAGAUGUAUUAUCCAGAGCACAGAAGAGAAGCGGGUGACCAAAGUAAACUGGAUGUUUUCUUCAGGAAGGCAUGCUGAGGAGGAGACAGUCUUGAGCUAUGACUCCAACUUGCGUAGUGGAAACUUACAGAGCCUGGGCCGCUUCCGCAACCGUGUAGACCUGACAGGUGACAUUUUCCGCAAUGAUGGCUCAAUCAGGCUUCACCCAGUGAAGGAGUCUGACCAAGGAAUCUACACUUGCAGCAUCUACCUGGGGAAGCUGGAGUCCAGGAAAACCAUUGUGCUGCAUGUGAUCCAGGACGAAUUUCAAAGGUCAGCUUCACCAACUCCUCCAACUGAUAGGGGUCAGCAGGGGAUCCUGAACGGAAAUCAGCUGGUGAUCAUUGUGGGGAUCGUCUGCGCCACCUUCCUGCUGCUUCCGGUUUUGAUAUUAAUUGUGAAGAAAACCAAGUGGAAUAAGAGUUCAGUAAGUUCUAUGGCUUCUGUGAAGAGCCUGGAGAACAAAGAGAAGACUAAACCAGAGAAGCAUAUCUACUCCUCCAUAACUACGUGGGAGACAAUAGAGAGAGAACCAAGUGGCGAGUCAGAGGGCACCUACAUGACCAUGAAUCCAGUUUGGCCUUCUUUGCCCAGAGCAUCCAGUUUGGCCCGGUCUUCAGUCAGAUCCAAGUAAUGUGGUUGAAAAAAGAAAAGUCACCUUGGGGAAUUCCCAAAACUUUCUGAGAAGAAGGAGAGACUCUUUUUGAUGUUCCCUGGGGCCACUGUGCCAACUAUUUUAGACUUGUGCAUUCCAUCUGGUCUUGGCCUCCAUCAAAAGGCUGAAGAUGGAGGGUUUGGAGUCUGGCAGGAAGACCGAACUGCUCCAGAUAACCAGGCACUGAUGAGGGGAAGGAGACCUCGGACUUCUCCCAGUAGUGGUGUGCGGGCUGGUGAGGGAGCUGCCUGAUCUGCCUUGUGCUUUCAAGCACUCCAUCGGGCCAGAUCUGUAAUGUGAACAGUGGUUUGCUUGUCUGUCUAUUUGUUUUUGUGGAUGAGCUACUAAGAGACUCACAGAGAUAUAAACAAAAAAAAUUAUUUGGAUGAAUUAUCCCCAAAUAAGUGUCAUUUGUGGGAAUCAUCUUUUUUGUGUCCUGGAUGAAAGGCAAGUGGGGAAAUUUGAAGGAUGGAACUCCUGAGAGAGUGUCCUUUGAGGAGAGCCACAAUGGACUUAACAUCUGGGGACUGGUUUGGUUCUGGGGGAAGACCUAGGGGUAACCCGUUGGAAGUGGGAUACGAAAACAGCUCUGGGAUCUCCUCAGGCUGCGGAUCUGCAUCGGUGGCUAGAGCUAGGCCUGUGGUGUUUAGACAUCCAUCCUUUCCAAAUGUAUUGAACAGGCCUGCCAAAGCAAACGGCCAACGAUUGAAUUCUUGGUCUGAAAUACGAGAUUCCUAUACUUUUCACUGUUGUCAUGAGACUUAAACAGGUUGCUCUUGUUUAAUGGCUUAUCUCUCUGUUGCUGGAGAGAUAGCCCAAAUGGGCGUGGUGCUGGAGAGAUAGCCCAUCAGUUAAGAGGACUGACUGCUCUUGCAGAAGACUGGGGUUUGAUGCCCAGCAUCCACAUGGUGGCUCAUAACUGCUUGUAACUCCAAUUCCAAGGGAGCUGACACCUUCGUCUGGCCUCUGUGGUCCCUGCAUGCACAUGGUACAUGGACAUACAUACAGGAAAAACACCCAUAUAUAUAUAAAGGUUUUUUUAAAUGUUCAAUAAAAACUAAAUAAAAGUGUUGAUCUU